GCAAAUGCGUAGGCCGGGCUCCAGCGUUUAUUAAAAAUUAAAAUUAUGAUGGAAUGGUACAUUGGAAAUGUGUGGCAGGACAAGACAAAGGGGCUGUCUAAGAAAGUAAUGACUCUACAGUUUAGCAGUCUCGACAAACCGCUACCGGUGAGCAGCGUGGAAUUCAGCGUGAAAAAAGCUCCCUUAAAUUUGGGUGCGCGUCCAAGCAAAUAUCUGGCCGUUAGUGGAGAUGGAGCUCAACAACUACAUAGCCUGACAAUGGGCAACGCAACAACGCCCAUUGACUUUUAUUUGGAGCUGCUGCUGCAACAAUUUUUAUUAGGCGAGACGUCAACGUGCAGCAUAGAAACCAAGACCGGUGAUAUUAUCGAGUUUCAACUGAAGCUGGAGCGAAUCACAAGCAAUCAGCAGGUGGAGAAGCUUACUGCUGCUGAAAUAUACGAUCUGGCGCUGCGCUAUAAAACGAAUGGGGUGGCUAUGUUCAAGGACUAUCCAAAAUUCGCCUUUGAUUACUUUAUACAGGCGGCCAAGUUGCUAAUUACCUACAAACCGUUUGACAAACUUACCAAAGCAUCAAAUGGCAUUGAUGGAAGCGAAGUAGAGGCCUUGUUUGUACAAAUACAAACCAAUCUGGCGGCAUGUCUUCUGCAGGAGAAGCGCUACGAGCAUGUUAUCUAUCAUACAGAUUUUGUGGACACUUUGGAGAAUCCCAGCGAGAAAAGUGUAUAUCGACGCGCCGUUGCCUUUUAUCAUCUCAAGGAGUUCGAGAAGGCGCAGCGCACCAUUGAACGUGUGCCCAACUACGAGGAGAAACGAGAAUUCUGCAAAUUGCGUGACAACAUUGCCACUAGCUGGAAGAAUAGCGAUGCACACUACAAGUCAGUUGUGCAGCGCAUGUUUAGUUAAAAUCAGUCAGAAAUCCAUAUUGUAUUUAAUAAAAUAGCUUAAAUUUAUCACUUAGUCACCGAUUAAAUAUAUGUAUACUAAUGUAUCAAUAGGGUGACGAACUCUGAAAUCUUCAUUAAAUCUAGCAUAGAUUAAAGCAA